UCUGACGUAUCUCUCUCUACGAGCUCCCUCGUUCGUGACGCGUCCAAUCACAGUCAAUCAGAUCGCGACAGCUCGAGGUUGGCGAGAAGCGCGAGCGCGAGAUACACGCGUACCUCGUAAUAAUCCCGUGAACGGAAAUCGGCCCGAGAUCCGGACGAUCGACGGCGAAUGAGAGCGCGCGAGGGCGGAGGGGCAGAUCGGACGUAGGGUGGCAUCGGAGUGAUAGAGACCGGGGAUCUCAUCAUCCUACCCGACGAGGGAGACGGACAAAGACGGUCGUCUCCGAACGGACCCGAAGAAACGAUCGCGGGCGGCGGAGGGGGCGGGGCGAAGGAGGGCGGAGUGGUGGGGAGGGGCGACAGUGAGCGAAGUUGGUCGGCGCGCGUCCGUCCGUAAUUCCCGACGUCCACUAGACUUCUCGUGCUGAUUGUAUCGUCGUCGCCGUCGGUGUCGAGGGUACGGAGUCGUACAGCAUUCGCGAGGUCGUCCGGAGGGCCGUGUGCGCGUGUGUCUGGGUGCGCGCGCGCGCGCGCGUGCGGUCGGGGAAAGAGCGAGAGAGAGAGAGAGAGAGGGAGAGAGAGAUUGUGAGGUGAAGGGUGAGAGAGAGAAAGAGGGAGAGAGAGAGAGAGUGAGAGAGGAAAAGAGUGAGCAUAAUCAGGGGAAACAAUCGACGGCACGUAAUCCGUCACUGUCUCCGUGACUGUCCGUGAAGUCCUCCGAUGUCUAGUGCUGAGGUGGUGGAGAGCUCCGUUGAUCCCCCAGCCAAGAAGCGACGCGUUGGUGCUGCCAGCACGACGGGAGGAGCCGACGACGAGCCGAAAACGACGAACGUGGCGGAGAUAGACAUAGACAUGGCGAAGAACGGGUCUACGAGCUCCAACUCCAGCUCGAAUAGCAGCAGCGGGGGCGGGGUCGGUGGCGGCGGGGGCGGCGGUGGCUCCGACGGGUCCGCUUCCUCGAGCGGUGCCGGCCGGACGCCGACCGAGAUCGACGAGGGCCUCUACUCGCGGCAGCUCUACGUCCUCGGGCACGACGCCAUGCGUCGCAUGGCGUCCUCGGACGUGCUCGUGUCCGGCCUCGGCGGCCUCGGCGUCGAGAUCGCCAAGAACGUCAUCCUCGGCGGCGUCAAGUCCGUCACGUUGCACGACCACCAAGCCAUGCGCAGUCUGCAGGAGCUCGGCUCGCAGUUCUACCUCACCGAGGACGAUCUGGGUAAGAAUCGCGCGGCCGCGUGUUGUCAGCGGCUGUCGGAGCUCAACAACUACGUGCCUACUCGCCACUACUCCGGUGACUUGACCGAGGCGUACCUCCAGCAAUUCAAGAUCGUGGUGCUGACGGAAACGUCGCUGGCCGAACAGCUGCGCAUCUCACGGAUCACCCGCGCCAAUGGAAUCGCCCUCAUCAUCGCCGACACUCGUGGUCUCUUCUCCCAGGUGUUCUGCGACUUCGGCGACACUUUCACGGUAGUGGACACGAAUGGCGAGCCACCAGUGAGCGCGAUGGUCGCCAGCAUUUCCCGCGACAGCGAGGGCGUCGUCACUUGUCUCGAUGACACCCGUCAUGGGAUGGAGGAUGGUGACUACGUCACGUUCUCUGAGGUGCAGGGUAUGAUCGAACUGAACGGUUGCGAGCCGAUCAAGAUCAAGGUGUUGGGGCCGUACACGUUCAGCAUCGGCGACACUUCCAGGUUCUCCGAGUACGUGCGUGGUGGUAUUGUAACCCAAGUCAAGAUGCCCAAGACCUUGUGCUUCGCACCGUUGGACGUGGCCCUGAAGAAACCCGAGUUCCUCGUCACAGACUUUGGCAAAUUUGAUUAUCCGGAACAACUGCAUCUGGCCUUCUUGGCGCUGCAUCAGUACAGGGACAAUAAACGUGCGAUGCCGCGAUCAUGGAAUCAGGCAGAUGCCGACGAGUUUAUCGCCAUCGCUGAAGAAGUUAAGAAUAAAUACGGUUUCGAUACCGAGAUCAAUGGUGAGCUGUUGCGAACGUUCGCCAAGGUAUCUGCCGGCAAUUUAAACCCCAUGAACGCCACGAUCGGCGGUAUCGUCGCUCAGGAAGUCAUGAAAGCUUGCUCCGGUAAAUUCCAUCCCAUAUAUCAAUGGUUGUAUUUUGACGCCAUCGAGUGUCUACCCACCGAUUGUUCGGAACUCACCGAGAAGGAAUGCGCUCCCAGCGGGCACCGUUAUGACUCUCAGGUGGCUGUUUUUGGCAAAAAAUUCCAACGUAAGCUCGGCAACUUGAAAUACUUUGUGGUUGGUGCCGGCGCGAUCGGUUGCGAGUUGUUGAAAAAUUUUGCGAUGAUCGGCGUGGGCGCGGAAAAUGGUUGUGUCACGGUGACUGAUAUGGACCUGAUCGAGAAGUCCAAUUUGAAUCGACAGUUUCUGUUCAGACCGUCGGAUGUGCAGCAAUCCAAGUCGUCGACCGCGGCCAGAGUCAUAAGAGGCAUGAACCCGAACAUGAAUGUGGUCGCGCAUGAGAAUCGGGUAUGUCCGGAAACGGAGAAGAUCUACAACGACGACUUCUUCGAGGUGCUGGAUGGCGUGGCAAACGCGCUCGACAAUGUAAACGCUCGCAUUUACAUGGAUCGUCGUUGCGUGUACUAUCGUAAACCCCUUCUCGAGUCCGGCACCCUCGGCACCAAGGGCAAUACUCAAGUGGUUGUGCCGUUCUUGACCGAAUCGUACAGCUCGUCGCAGGAUCCUCCGGAGAAGAGCAUUCCUAUCUGCACCCUGAAGAACUUCCCCAACGCCAUCGAGCACACUUUGCAAUGGGCCCGCGAUAGUUUCGAGGGGCUGUUUCGUCAAUCGGCGGAGAACGCAGCUCAGUACAUCUGCGAUCCACAGUUCGUCGAUCGGACGCUCAAGCUGCCCGGUGUGCAGCCUCUUGAAGUAUUGGAGUCUGUUAAAACGGCUUUGGUGGACGAGAAACCGCACACCUUUGCCGAUUGCGUGGCUUGGGCUCGUUGUCAUUGGCAGGAGCAAUAUAGCAAUCAAAUCCGCCAGUUGCUGUUCAACUUCCCGCCUGAUCAGGUGACCUCGAGCGGUCAGCCUUUCUGGUCCGGCCCGAAACGUUGCCCGGAUCCGUUGGUGUUCGAUGUCAUCGAUCCCUUACAUAUGGAUUAUAUUGUCGCCGCUGCUAAUCUCAAGGCCAAGGUUUACGGAAUACCUAUUAAUCGCGAUAGAGAGGAGAUUGCCGAAAUUCUCGCCACCGUCAAAGUACCGGAAUUUACGCCUAAAUCCGGCGUUAAGAUCGCUGAAACGGACUCACAGGUGCAAGUGUCAAAUGGCAGCGGUAACAUCGAUCACGAGCGACUGGCGCAAUUGCAGGACGAAUUGCCGAAAAUUGAGGAACUAAACGGCCUGGCGAUAUAUCCGCAGGAUUUCGAGAAGGACGACGACACCAACUUUCAUAUAGACUUCAUCGUCGCGUCAUCAAAUUUGCGCGCCACCAAUUACAAAAUUUCACCGGCCGAUCGACACAAGAGCAAACUGAUCGCCGGCAAAAUUAUCCCGGCAAUUGCCACUACCACCUCAGUAGUGGCCGGUCUCGUUUGUCUGGAGCUGUACAAGCUAACGCGGGGCGUUCGCGACUUAUCCCUAUAUAAGAAUGGCUUCGUGAACCUGGCACUACCGUUCUUCGGUUUCAGCGAACCAAUCGCUGCUCCUAAACUCAAGUACUACGACGUCGAGUGGACGCUGUGGGAUCGCUUCGAGGUGAAGGGCGAACUGACGCUCAAGGAGUUCCUCGACUACUUCAAGGAGCGUCACAAUCUCGAGGUGACUAUGCUGUCGCAGGGUAUCUGCAUGCUGUAUUCAUUCUUCAUGGCAAAGUCCAAAUGUCAGGAGCGCAUGGGACUACUCAUGUCGGAGGUGGUGAAGAAAGUGUCGAAGAAGAAGCUGGAGCCGCACGUGCGCGCACUCGUGUUCGAGUUAUGUUGCAACGACGAGGACGGGAACGACGUCGAGGUGCCGUACGUGCGUUACACUCUGCCCUGACUCGCCCGCUCAACCUCCGAUCGCGCCAGAUGAUGUCUACUUAACUGAGACACUUAGCCGGCGUACAUCUAGUGAUUUCUACAAAUUUCUAUUUUACGACGAUGUAAUACAACACAGAGGAGACGUUACCGCUGCCGAUCCUCGUCUAUGAACAUCUGUAUGAGGCACUCUCUUUCUUUCUCUAUAUUUUUGUUUUUUUCUUCUUCUUUCUGCCGCGUCCGGCAAAACGUUUCUUAACCGCCAGCGCUUAGUAGUAGUAAUUUCAAGUAGCAAACGCGUGCAGGGUCGAAUUUUUUGGUUUGUUUUAAUGAAUAAGAUUAGGGCAAGCUUUUUGACUCCGGGUUUUCUUGAGCAGUCGUUACAAACGUGCUACAUUAUAGUAUCAGAGACGCAAAAAAAUUGUUCUCAUUCACAUAUUCAAAAUAAGCAUCGGAAUGAGUGAUCUAUUUCUAUAUUUUUCUAUAAAAUAUUUUAGUUGUAGGAUGUCUUCUUU